UUUAUAGAGACGCUAUAAACUGGAGCACAGUUCAGCCACUAACAUUUAACUGGUGGAGUCUUACUGCGCUCACAAUGACAAACUUCAUCCUGGCUUCACUCUGCACCUUCAGUUGGAUUUCUGUGUCAGUUUGUCAGUUUCACACAGUUUCUGUUCGACCUGCUGAAGACGUCACACUGAUGUGCAGCAACAUUAGUAAACGUGUCUCUAACAUAUUUUGGUAUAAGAUGAACAGCAGUCCCAACGCCAGCCACAUCUCAUCUAUGCUCAGUGCAGAGUCUAAUGUCUCUCUAUUUGAUGGUUUCCACUUCAGUAAAUAUAACAUGACAUCUAAUACUACAAACCUGUUUCUGAAAAUCAAUGAAGUGAAUUUCUCAGAUUCUGGACUGUAUUUCUGUGGACUGUAUGCAGCAGCAGUCCCUGCAGGGUUCACUGCAACAUACUUAGAGGUGGAAGAUGUUUCAGACGGAUUUCUCAAUCUGCCUUGUGUGAUUCUUGGCUGCGUUGCUGUCUUCCUUACAGUCGUCAUUGUUGCUUUGGUUGUCAAAAUCAGGACAAUACAAACAGGUCAAACGGAGAGAAAGAAUCCACGACCCUCUGAGAAUCUGGACCCUCAUUGUCUCAACUAUACGGCGCUGAAAUCACAUCCCAAAGCAAAAAACUAUGCAAGGUUGUCAGAUGAGGAAGAGCUGGAGACAGAUGUUCUGUACGCUGCAACAAGAGAAACUCAUGAAAAAUAAAUCAACCUGAAAUUGUUUUUAGAAUCUGUAAAAGUCAAGAAUGUGGUUCAAAGAUCGAUUCUAACCUACAUACAUAUUAUUAACUCUGACGUUGAGAGAUACAGAUAUAUUCUGUUGGCGAAAGAUUCUUUAUUCUAACUACAUUAUACAGCAGAUGAAAGAGCAAAUAAACCUUUCAGCUGUUCUGCUUCUCAACUCUGUUACAGAUGAACAAAACAACGUAUUUUAGUUCUUCAGUAACUAAAUGAACAAAUUCUUCCAUCUAUAAUGCUAAAAUAUACAAGGUUAAUUUUUCUAUGGACUCCCAUAAAAAUGUUUAUCAUAAAUUAUUAUCAAACUUGACUAUAUGGUAGAUACACAAUACAGUUUUUAUGGCUACCAAGAUUGUAGCAUAUUCUGUUACUAAAUCUUGAUUUUGUGAUUAUAAUCUAGUAUUACAUCUUAAAAAUUUUAUUGCAUAGAAGUUUCAUAUUUGUUGUCAGUCAUCUUAGAAAGGGAAAUGUAUCAUAUAGAACAAUUCCAAUAAAAGGAAUUUUGAUUCUGAUUUUCCAAGAUUCUUGUCAUGUUGAUAAUUAUGUCUUAUGGAAAAUGAAUAAUAAGAAUUGAACAUAGUUUUCAGAAACCUGACAUUUCUGUUUCAAAUGUCUUCAUCAAAUAUAGUCACAUUUUCUGAGUCACUGAAUUGUGAGUUUCCAGUAUCUGUGAUCCAUAUUCAUCAACAUUAAAAGACAUAAAGGCUCAAAAUAAUAAUUGUGUGUGGUAAGUCUAUGUAACUAAUUUCUUUUUGAAAUGAUUAAAUUAGUAAACCUUUUCAUGACAUUUUACAUUUUAGAUCUGAAUAUAAGCAUAAAACAGUCUAUCAUUCUAAUUUAUUGAAUAUGUUGCACUCAUAUUUUAAUAUCUGACAAGAAAUCAAAUAAAAAAAGUCAAUCAAGAUGUGCAAAUCAAACCAAAUGUAGCUGAUUAAACAGAAAAUCACUUCAGAUGGUAACAUGUAAUGUGAUACAAUAAGUUAUUGUUUUGUGAUUCAUUUGAUCUCUUUGAAGAGCCAUGUGACAUAAUUAGAUUUGUUUGGUUUUGAGCAUUUUUAGGUAAAUAAACCCACCUUUUAUUCAAAA